CCAAAACACCCUCCUUCCCUGUCCCUCCCUCACUCUACUCUCUCCUAUACCUAGCUAGUAGCUACUACUACCCUUUCUCAUCAUAUAGUAAUAUUACAUUACAUUACAUUAUUAUACCAUUCCAUCAACCACAUCUCUCACCAUGCAAACUCACUCUUUCUCCUACAUACCCUCUUGUCCUACUAGUAGAAGUCCCUUCUUGGAACCUGACCAUGAUGAGGGUGUGGAUGAAGCCUCCAUCUCCCUCUCUCUUGGCCCUCCUGGCCAACACCACAACCCCAAAGCCACUUCCUCCUCCUCCUCCAACCACCCUUCCAGUACUCUUCAGUACCAUUUCCAGCAAAACCCUAUCUCUGAUGACCAGAGAGGUGUAACUGUGGCUCUUCACAUUGGCCUUCCCAGUCCAAGCACUUCACCAAACAGUGCCAUCCCCACUACCAAGCCUGAUCUUCAUUUGCCUUCUGCUCCCAUUCAGGGCCAGUACUGGAUCCCUUCUCCUGCUCAAAUCCUCAUUGGACCCACCCAGUUCUCUUGCACUGUUUGCAACAAAAUGUUCAACCGUUUCAACAACAUGCAGAUGCACAUGUGGGGACAUGGUUCACAAUACAGGAAAGGGCCUGAAUCACUGAGAGGGGCAAAACCAGCUUCUUCAAUGCUGAGGCUUCCCUGCUAUUGUUGUGCCGAGGGUUGCAAGAACAACAUAGACCAUCCAAGGUCAAGGCCUCUGAAGGAUUUCAGGACCCUUCAGACACACUACAAGAGGAAGCAUGGAGCAAAGCCAUUCGGGUGCAGAAAGUGUGGCAAGCCAUUUGCUGUGAGAGGGGAUUGGAGGACACACGAGAAGAAUUGUGGGAAGCUUUGGUUCUGCAUCUGUGGCUCUGAUUUCAAGCACAAGAGAUCCCUCAAAGACCAUGUUCGUGCCUUUGGUGAUGGCCAUGCUCCACACACUGUGGAGAGCUGUGAUCAGAUGGGGGAAGAUGACUUGUUAGGUGAUGAAGAUGAUGAGGAACUAGAACUAGAAGAUGAUGAUGAAGAUUAUAACAGUAAUGAUGUUGUUUUUGGUUUUAAUUAACAUCAAGUGUAGAAUGCAUUCUCUUGUGUAUGGAUUGAAAUGAUCUCUUCUCAUUUUCUGUCUCUCCUUUUCUUUUGUCUAGUUAAA